AUUUCACAUGAAAUUACUUUAUUUAAAAAUGAUUUCAUUGUUAUUAUUUCAGACUUGCGAAAUCGGUUAAAAUAACCAUGUCUUUGUCCGUUCUGUUCUCAUUUGGAUUGGUCUUUUAUGUACCAAUUUCAAUAUUGUGGCCGAUGAUUCGUUCGAAAUUUAACAAAAUGGUUCGUUAUGGAGAAGCGAUAUUCCGUUUUUGCGGCGUAAUUGCAACGACAAUACUGGCAGUUUCGAUUCCAGAAAUGGUCCCACUACUUAGCCUUCUCGCAGCAUUAAGCAUGACCACAGUUAUGUUAUUGAUUCCUGUAGUGAUAGAAACUGCAACAAAAUGGGAACAGGCUACUCGAUUUCUUCUCGUAAAAAACAUCGGUAUUACUCUGAUCUGGAUUCUGUUAUUGAUUUUUGGAACAAUCGAGAGUAUGUUGUCUAUCAUCAAAGAAUAUGGUGGUGUGAAAGAGAAAGGAUGCUGAUUAUUGAAGUUAAUUAGUGAAAACGGCGAAUCAGUUUGCUCUAUUGCCUCUCUGCCAGAACUUCAAGGGAUCUCAAACAGUUUUAUAAGUCAAUGAAUUCGUAUCUCAUAAAAACUGCUUAUAUUUACACACGUAUAAAUGUUUCUUACGUGAUAGCUUAAACUUCCGUAAACUUAUUUUCUGAUAUUUGUUUUUUAUUAAUUACUUAUUUUAUAGAGCUUAAUAUAAUACCACAGAAAAAAAUUAGAAAUAUUCAAAAUGACAAUAUGAGAAUAAUACAAAGACGAGUAUUCGAGUAAAAUCUUACGUAAAGUCUUAAUUUCCUUUGUAUUUUUCACUCUUAUAGGAAUAAAUGGAAAUCGAUUCUCCACAUAAUUGCAAAGAUAACAUCAUCAGAAAGGCGUGAUGUUUAAAUUCCGGAAGUAUUAACUCUUACGUAAGCAUGCGGCUAACGAGAAAAUUCUAUAAAUAAUUAUGUAUCGAGAUGUAGUUUGCAUGAUACAUGUUGUUGUAGCGCAACAGUGAGAUCAUAAAAUCGAGUCUUUAGAAAUAACUUAAGCGAUCAACAACUGACGACUACCGUUUACAAACAGGAAAAACCCAGUGAUUAUCGAAUUUUUUUAAUCAAAAUGCCUUUUCCUCCAUUUCUUAAACUCAAUGCAAUUCAUUAUUUUAUUGCCUACGAAUCGCUAAUCGGACAUUUCAACGUCGCGCGUUACGUAGUAACCGAUACGUAAGGAUUGGAUCCUCUCUUUCCGCAAAAUAUGUGUUCAUCAUUUACUUAUUUUCUGCACCUCCUCUAUCUCGAGAAAAUGCCAAGUCAGGAAAUUCGAGUGUCCAUCCCCAGCAACGUGCCUAACUUUAAUCAUUUCAACUACCAACUAAACACGAAUUUUUAAACAAAUCUAAGUGCGCUCCUAUUUUGUUCUUUUUUUUUUUUUACGAAGCGUCGUUAUAUUUCGAAGUUCGUUUGCUGCAUUAAGUUAGAGUUCGAGAGUUAGUCGAUGGCGAGCGUGAACGAUCGUACUGACACGAAUGUGUAUUGAAUCAGCAUGAAUAAUUUAAUAUGUAAAGCGUAGAGAUUUGAAUAUUUAUGCAGACAAUUAUAGAUAUACAAAU